CGUGGCCGCGCGCGCGCCGCCUCCCCCUCUCCUCUCCUCACCCGAACCGCUGCGCGCGCAGGGGAAAGGGGGGGGGGGGCGAGCGCGCGCACCUGCGCUGCGCCCUCGGCCCCUCGCGCCGAGCGGUGGAGGGCGGCCGCCUCGGAGGGACCCUGCGAGCCUCGUCCCCCGUCCUCCGGGAGAGCCCAGAACCGGGGUUAAAAUGAAUGAAGAGCCGACGGUCAAUGUGAGCUGGCUGCCUCAGGACCGCGUGGAAGCCAGCUCUACCGAGAACGCCUCGGGCUCCUCCCUGGUUCCUGUGGUAGAGCCGGAGCCCGAGCUGUGGGUGAACCCCUGGGACAUUGUCCUGUGCACCUCGGGGACCCUUAUCUCCUGCGAGAAUGCCGUGGUGGUGCUUAUCAUUUUCCAUAACCCCAGCCUCCGCGCGCCCAUGUUCCUGCUGAUCGGCAGCCUGGCGCUGGCGGACCUCCUGGCGGGGGUCGGACUGAUCGUCAAUUUCGUGUUUGCGUACCUGCUGCGGUCGGAAGCCACGAAGCUGGUGACGGUCGGACUGAUCGUCGCCUCUUUCUCAGCGUCCGUUGGCAGCUUGCUGGCCAUCACUGUCGAUCGGUACCUCUCCCUGUAUUACGCUCUGACUUACAAUUCGGAGAGGACCGUCACUUUUACCUAUGUCAUGCUGAUAUUGCUCUGGGGAGCAGCGAUCUGUAUCGGACUGCUGCCCGUGAUGGGCUGGAACUGCCUCAGAGAUGAAUCCACCUGCAGUGUUAUCAGACCGCUCACUAAAAAUAACGCGGCGGUCCUCUCGGUCUCGUUCUUGCUUAUGUUUGCCCUCAUGCUGCAGCUCUACAUUCAGAUCUGUAAAAUCGUGAUGCGCCAUGCCCAUCAGAUUGCCUUGCAACACCAUUUCCUGGCCACUUCCCACUAUGUGACCACCCGGAAAGGAGUGUCUACUUUGGCCAUUAUUUUGGGGACUUUUGCUGCUUGCUGGAUGCCUUUCACGCUCUAUUCUUUAAUAGCAGAUUACACCUAUCCUUCUAUAUACACCUACGCCACCCUCCUGCCAGCUACCUACAAUUCCAUCAUCAACCCUGUAAUAUAUGCUUUUAGAAACCAGGAGAUACAGAAAGCGCUGUGGCUCGUCUGCUGUGGCUGCGUUCCUUCUAACCUGUCUCAGAGAGCGAGAUCGCCCAGUGAUGUCUGACUGGCGGCCGGCAGGACGCUCCUUAACACCUUCCUUCCCAGCCAUCCUUGUGACCGUGUCUUUGGUUUAGGUGCAUUCAUUAAGCGGCGUGCGGUGGGUUCCGCUCAGAACCACAGAAUGUGCUGACCUUUUGUAGGCAGCGAGCCCCAGUGACCAAAAUGAAGCGAGUGGUUUAAAAGGGAGAUUUCCAAAAUCAAAGUAAUCGGUGUUCUUAUAGAUUUAUAACGUUGCUCAGGGUCUUUUUGUUAUAAAUAUAUAACCCAGACUUUGCCAUGCUUGCCACGAUUUUACAUUAAGUUUGCUAAUUAAAAAUGGAUUUAAACAGCAUACCUCAUUUGAAAUUGUUUAUGUGAUUGAGUUCAGCCAUACUGCACGUUACAGUCUGUCGUUAGGAUAUGUUUCCCCUCUUAAUUCUUAUUAAAACGGUAGGAAAAAAAAAUAGAAGAAGGAAAAAAAAUACCAUCCUAUUACCUCAAACCCAUUUUUAUUUCAUCAGAAUACUCUUCAAAAUAAUGGCCAAUUGUACUGACUUAAUAGUGUUUAUUGUAAUAAUCUCAGUGCAACGAAUUUGCUGUAAGUGAGGAAGUACUCGUGUAGCUUUUACUUUACAUCUGGGCAUGAAUUAGGCUGAUCAUUAUUUUUAAAGUGUUCCCUGGUCUCUACCGAGUUCUGACUGGAUAUUGAAACAGACGGUAGGCUUUGCCUUUCUGCUCAAAAGUCAGACCUAUGUUCCUAUGUUCUCUCUUAGAUGUGGGUCAUGAGGCCUCAUUACGUUAUUAAUUUUAAAAGAACUCACUGGGGAGUUUCAAAGUUGAUGAAUCAACGUGGUCUCUAUAGACUGUACAUUUGUGACGGAUGCGACACUUUUAAGUAUCUUAGGCAAGUUUUGUCUCUCCAUAGUGAAAUAUCAAAUGAAAUAACCUAAGCAUUACUUGGAACACACCAAGUCAAAACAAUUGCCACUUGUUUUCACUAUUCUGCUGUAAUUUAGAAUACAGAAGUUUGUAAAUUCUCAGAGCGUAUCCGGUUCAUAAUUAUAUGCAACCAGAACUGCAACGUGAAUCAAAAUGUUCUCCCUUUCUGGCAGUUUCGUCCAUUACGGAUUGGGGUUCUUCUCGCUAUAUGCAUGUCAGUUCUCUUUGUUAUAAGAUGAUAGUUCUGGUCUAAAAAGCAGAGCUUCCCCUCACGAAUGGUUAAGUUCAGAGCUACUUCUUACCUUUUACUGGAGCCACAUUAGAAUGCAAUGGAAAUAAGACACUGCUUUCUAAUUUCAAGACUUGAUUGUCAGAGUGGAAAUCUUUCUGGGAGAUUCAUGAAAUUUAAUGUCUAUUCUAAUGUCAGUGCACAGGAGUUCACAGUACCCCUUCCACUGGCAUUAAUGGGAGCUCGAUGUGUUAAUGCCCUGGCGUCAGUAGGAUGUUCUAUUCCCUUGAAUGUCGCAGUCGGCAUACUGUAUUGUUGCUUCAGUAUCUUCAAUUGCAGUUAAAACAGAAAAUCUCAAGUGUAAAAACAGCAAUAUUUACAGUUCAAUGAAAUAAUAUACCUGUGUAGUAUAAAUAGUAGAGACAACUGUGUUGCUGGUCUGGAUUUUUCCAGAUGGAACCUGUCCUUUUCACAUGGAUGUUUGGAUGACUGUAGCUUUUUGUGGCAGAGUUUCUGUGACGUUAAGAACCAUACGCUAUACGCAGUGCUGAAUCUCAAAUGUGAAUGAAUUGUCUGCAAACAAGGCUCUGUAGAGGUUUUACGAGCAAUAACGAAUUUAAGUUGCAAUGCUGGGUUCAAAUUCUGUGAUCUACCUGCUUCAACCUUCACGAUGUUUGGCUCUUUCUUUGUAACCUGAUUAGUUUAAUAAUUGCAUGGCAUGGUCUGGUGGAGCUGUGAACUCGCAGCUCCCGUGGCUUCACUGCCAUUUACAGAUCCUCAGCACGGUUAGAAUGUGGCCCCUACUCCGUGUAGGGGGUUGGUGCUCUUUAUCUACUUACGAAUGCUCAUGAAACUCUAGUCGUUGUCAGGUUCCUAUUUUGUUACAGAUUUUUGUAUAAGAAAUAAUCACAUCGUAAAUAUCCGCGCUAUGUGUGCGAGCAGUUUUGCAAGUAUGCACGGUACUGAGAUUAAAUGGAGGUAGAAGGCGUGAACUGAAUAAUGCAGAGAGGCUGAACAAUAUAGAGUGGCACUUCUUAAAACAACAGAUGAGAUAUGUUAACGUCAUACAAAGUCUAGCCCCCUCUUUUUGUUGUUUUCUUUUUCUUUUUGUUCCUCUGAAUCUAAUUGCUGAGGAAGUGUGAUGAGGAUGAGCAGCUACACCUGUGACCAUAAUGCAGUCCCUAGGGCAGCUGUUCUGCUGCUUAAGCAGACCUAUUCUCAUCUCCUUGGAUCGCCUCGCAGGCACAAGUGUUUUUCUCUCUGCAACACCUGGGUGGUAGGGAAGCUAGUAAAAAAAAAAAAAGAAAGAAAGAAAGAAAACGGCACAUAGGGAAAUAAUGUCAUCCCCUCUUUCAUACUGCUCCUUGUCAUCUUCCGCACUCCACAGGCUGCUUAAAUCCUCAGCGGUUCUUAAGAGCGUCAGGGGAGCCGACCUUUUCCUUGUGCCAGAGCAGAGAUUUGUAAUUGGAAGCUCCUCUCCUCAGGAGCAGUUUGAGUCAAAAAGAGAAGGAUUAAUUAUAGAAGUUACAAAAAAAAUGGCUCGUAGUGGCAUGAUUUGCCCUCAUUUGAUGAGUAACUCGUUUACCUUCCACCGCAGACAGGUGAGAAGCAUGAUUUUGCCUCCUGAGCUACUGCUGUGACAGUAGCAGUGAGGAUGCUGGCUAUUCGAGAAGUGGUCUUAAAUAGAGACCGUGCAGCACAGGCCAGAAAAUCCUUCUGGAAGUCAGUGACCUUGGUUUGUCCAUAGCUGUCAGAUCAAGCUCUAGCAUGGUUUACGGUAGUAGUGAGAUGCUAUUAAACGUGCCUCUGAAUGAGUUCUUGAGAGCAGGGGCCGAGCUGUGGGUACAAAGCCACCUACCUCACUUCCAUAAGAAGAAAUGCAUGAAAGACAGCUGCUUUUCAGACUGUGAAAUUAGGAAAUUUACUGCUUUUGUGUUAGAGUGCGUAGGCAGUUACAGCGCAGGCCCCCAUUCCUUAGGGUCAGGUGCCAAUAUCCAUCUGAGAUACCUCUGAAACUGGCAGAAAUCUGGACAGCUUGCAGGAAUCUGUCGUUCUGUUGUCCCACUGAAUCACACGUGAGCAUCAAAACUCACCGUGCCAGGUACAGUGAAGUAUCUUCAUCAUAAUGUCCACAGAUUCUUUUUAUUAAUGAGUCAUUCAUUUUAAAGAUUUGAAGUUCAUUUUUAUUUAUUAACGUAUCUGACCCGAAGUUAAAUUUGCUGUAGUUGUUUUUGUCAUCUGUUCAACCUCAAAGCCUUUAUGUUAACUGUAUUAUUUUAACCAUUCCUCCUAACAGCGAGAAUUCCAGCAAUAAGGGACAAAUGGUUUUAGUAUAACAGCAAUAAAAUCCUCCAUGUUGCAGGUACUAUAAACUGCUGAGUAACCUCAGAGCAAUAGGGAGGAAGCAAUACAUUCUUUAGACAAAAAAUAAUUUGCGUAAGGAGAAGUCUUCCUUCAUUAAGCAGGUGCUGUAGGACUGACGUGGGACGUUAUUUCUGGUUGGUUUGUGUUACAGUCCUUGCAUUGCUGAGUAGGAUUACUCAGCACUAGCUGCUUACCUUAGUUUCUGGAUCCUGAAUUCAUGCUGUUCGCAAGAGAGAGCUACGUGCUGCAGUGGGGAUUUUUAUUCUGUUCUGUGUCGGGCUCUUAGUUGUACGUUAGUCUCUGGAUAAAUGACUUGUGUUCAGCAUUUCUGAUUGUUAGUGAAUUCUGGAAAUACCCAAGUUUGUGAUGCCCAUCAAGGUGAGUAUAUCAAGAUGGAUCUGAUAACUGGUGCUAGCCCGUUCUGAUGACAGCUUGGUUUUUAAAAGAACAAGAUUAUGGCAGCAUUGAAGAAACCCCCUGCCAGUACCUGGGAUAUGUGGAUACAAGCCAGCUGCAAGGCCUGCUGUGGCUGCUGUAUCUUCCAGCCACGGACAGCCAGUGACAGAAGCACUCGCAUCCAUCCUUCACGUUCAGGGAACAGCCUUGAAAUGUCUUGGAGUGACUGCGAUCCCUCCACGAGCAGUAGUGAGCUUUUGCUUAGGCCAGCUGCUGUUCCAUCCCCAAAGAGUUAUUCUUUUGUUGCCUCGUUUCCUUAGGGCACACAGCUUCUAAAAAUAAGAUACCUGUAUUCAUUUCUCUAAAGCACUGAGCAACCUGCACUGUGAUUGAAUGUUGGGAUAAAAUAGCGUCACUAAAAUUCAGACCCAUUUCUUUAAAAAUUGGUGCUCCGUAGCAUUCAGAACCCUGUUUUCAAACUGCUAGCCCUGAUUUUUAUGCAGAGAAAGUAAGUGUUGAUCUGCCUUUUGUAUGUACAGUGAAGAAAGAGGAACAGUUAUACAUAGUGGUCGCUGUUUAAAAAACACCAGCUCUUCUGUUACUUCUGAGAUACUGAGCGGUUCUCUGUCCUUCAAACAGAAGCUAGCUGCUGCCUGGCAACUGUCUUGAUAAUCCUGCGUGCCCACAGGUCAGUUCAAAAGCUUUGCAGCGUGAGGAGAGGGACCGGCGUGGUUGCCAGUACAAAGCAGUCUGACAGAACAGCUCUGUUCUAUCUGCACAUCAGCUGUAGACAGGUCAAGUCCUAGGUGUGUGAGAGUAGUGCCAGGAAGCGGUGACCGGCGUUUCAUUGAGUCAUUGUACUGCCAGAAGACAAUAUCAGCUGGCCUGUCACUGGAUACUGAUCCUGUGUUAAGAGACACUGAGAAUACUGUAAAGUGCUGCUGGCCAGCUGUUCUGGAAGUGAUAUCAGUGUUAUGCUUCUUGGGGAGGAUGAAGAAUGCAGCUGGAUCUGUGGAAGAAGUAAAGGAUAGCGUUAAGUAUCCGUAUGCAUUUUCAUGACAUACAGAAUUUUCAAAUAAUUUAUAGUGUGCAAUAAACUGAGUCCUAACAGAGCAAGUCAUUGCACGUUAGGAAAAGUCCCAGUGUAACUUGAUUGAGAUUAGGCAGCCAAGUUACUCAAUAGCAUGUGGAAUUUGGUGCUUAUAAAAUAAAGGAGUUUGCAGAUAAUGGUGCAUUCCUAUAAUUAGGAAAUAAAAUUAAAAAAUAUUUGAAUUUUCUGGGGUUUUUAUUGUUUUUUUUUUUGUUUUUUUUUUUGAAUGCUAUUUUGUAAAGUGGUGGUUUUUCCUCUCUUUCAAGCGUCACAUUUAGUUUGGCUUAGUGGUAGUCCAGAGGUCUGCAAUGAAGAAAAAAGACCUCGCAAUCUCUGUUUAUAAGGAAAAAACUAAAAGGAAGGGUUGUGCUUUAUGUGUAAUAAGUAAAAAAUGACGCAGGGAAGGUAAAUUAGGCGUGGGGACCUCCCUGUCUCUCAGUAAAAUGAUAGGACUCCCAGUAAACAUGAAAGACGUCUUGGGACCAAGAACUUUCAGAUCCUUUUAAUGGAUCAAAAAUCUCAAUGAUCCCUGCUUUCACAUUAAGGAGGUGAUGAAAAAUGGGAUACAAGUCAGUCCUUAUGGCUUGGGGAAUCAGCCAAGUGCCUGGUGCUUGAGCUUGGCUAGGAAGGAUGCUUGAAUGAAAGCAUCCCCUGGGAGGGGUGGUCAUUUUGAGCUGUGCAUUUUGAGCCUUCCACAACAUACACGGAGCACCUGAAGGAUGCCACAGAGCUGCUGCUGUGGGGCGUAGCGCAGCAGUCCCUGCGCCAUCGAAGGUGUCCCAAGAACAGCCAGGAGAAAAUACGCUCAGAAGUGAAGUGCUCCUCCCUGCAAAACACAGCCUCACAAGCUUUAUUCAGAUGAUUACAGUCUGAAAUGGCUCCACUGCAAAUGCGAAGAUUUUUGUGGAUAAGUAUAGGAAAUAUUUAAAAGAGCCAAGGGCAGGUUGUUUCACAGUAAAUCAUUGUAUAUUCCUUUAUUUUCUGAGGGGCAUCUGGGCCAGUAACUUUACAGGAGUUCUGUCUUCAGAAACAACUUGCAUUUGCACUAAAAAUCUGUGCUGAAGUUUGUUGACAAAACUAUUCUGGAUCUUGUAGGGCAGACUAAAAAAGGAAACUGUUGCAUAUCUCACUGUUACACAGACUUGUUCUGGAAGAUAAAUAAUAAUGAAUGUAGGUUAGGUGAAGCUGUGUUACAAUUAGGAAGUGCCUCACUACCGGGAUGCAAACUAAUUCAGUGCCAUUGGAAGGAUAUGGGAAAAUUUUCCAGGGGAGGUUUUGCGAAUGGAUUGAGAAUAAAACUCUCAGUCAAACAUUUCAUCCCAAAUUCCUUGAAUUAACUUCUGAGGAAAUUUUCCUGACUUCCCCACAUCUUUUGUUUUGCACUCCGCAAACACAAAGGCAAUUUUUACAACUCUUGCUGACGUAACUGAGUAUUGAAUAAGAUACAGUACUAUGGGUCUCCCCCUAAGCUGGGGGCAGACUUUUCUGUCCCAGAACUACUGAAGUGAUUUCUGUAUACAUGGAGCUGUUGGAGUAUGUCCAGAGGAGUGCCACAAAAAUGAUCCAAGGGAUGGAACACCUCCCUGUGUGGACAGGCUGGGUGAGCUGGGGCUGUUCAGCGUGGAGAAGAGAAGGCUCCAGGG